GCGACCGCCCCGACCGCCCCGACCGCCCCCACGGCCGCCAGCCCCGAGGGCGCCAUGAGGCACCCGCGCGGCGCCCAGAUGCUGCUGCUGCUGCUGCUGCUGCCGCCGCUGCUGCUCGCUCCCCGCGCCGGGGACGCCGCCGUCAUCACCGGGGCUUGCAAUGAUGACUUCCAGUGUGUUGGGAACACGUGCUGUGCUGUUAGCAUUUGGAUUCGGGGCCUAAGGCUUUGCACACCCAUGGGCAGAGCAGGAGACAGCUGCCACCCACGGUCCCGUAAAGUUCCAUUUUUUGGGCGGAGGAUGCUUCACACGUGUCCAUGCAUGCCUGGCUUAGCCUGCUCACGAGCUGCAGUCAACCGGUUUGUUUGUUUAGCCCGAAAGUAAUCACUUUAGAGCAGAAACUUGAAUGUGAGCAGCCACAUGAUGCCUGUAAGAUCUAUUCCUUGCUAUUGUGCCAGACAUAUAGUGUGCCAGACAGAAAAGCUAGUGCUUCCGCAACCUUCCAAGUGACAUUUCUAGCUUUGAUUUUUAAAAGACCUCUUUUUACUGAAAAACACUUAGUUUGGGGUAGAAAUGUAAUGUUCAAGGCAUUAUGGAACUGGUUCUCAUUUCCCUGUUUGGGUUAGGAUUUGGUUUGGCUUUUUUUAAUGCCAAUAACACCCAUUUUCACAAAAAUGAGGACAAUAAGAAUUUGAUAUUUUGUUACAGACACUUCUUUUUUCUUAAACCCUUGUCUCCCAUCCCUGCCCCACACACAUCCUUGCUCACCCUUUGGUCUCUCACUCCUCAGAGAAUUUUAAGGGCCUCACUUUGUUCUUUGCCAUUUACCUCCCUGUCCUUGUGGCAUUUUAAACUAUGUGUGUGGUGGGGGAGGCGUGUCCAUAUCGUCCAGUUUGCUGGUGGAGUCACUGAUGAAAAUCAAGCUUCUUGAUGAUUCCUAAGCAGUGACGAGUGGAGAGCUACACCAGACCCCUCAGCAUCUCUGACAUGGAGUGAGGCUGGGAGCUGCUAGACGCCCAUGGAGCCCGUCUGCGCAGGCCUCGGGUCUGCUGGGACCGUGGGAGGACAAAGGAAUGGAGGGUCCAAUUAAUUUAGUCCAGAUUGAUAGGUGGGUUUUUAAAGAAUUCCUGAUACAGCAGUGUUUCAGCUGGUGUGCCCCUGCACACUGGUGAGCCACGAGAAUUUUUGACACCUGCAGCACCUGCCUCUUUCCCUUAGAUUGUCAAAUUAAAAAUGACAACAGCUAACACACAAUAUCCAUCUGGUGUGAACGACUCAAAUUUAUACUUUUUUUUUUGUCAGACUGGCAAAAUAUUCUUUUCGGUGUGCUGCAGAGGUUCAGUAAUUAGUUUAUGUGCAAGUCGCUACAGUACAGUAUUACAUAAUUUCUUUUUUUAUGAAGCUAAUUUUAUUAGAAAACUCUUGUAGUUAGAGAUGUUCCCAAAAAUGUCACUAGAAGAGGAAGUACUGGUUUUAUUCUGGCAUAAAACUAGUUACCCUUUAAAAGCAGUAUUAACUUGUAAUUUAAACUUCAUGUGUAACCAAAAGUUCUAUUGUAAUGGAUUGCCUGCCAUCCUGCCAUUUGUACCUGGAUCACUAUUGCUGUGUAAAAAUUCUGUAUCAGAAUUUCUGUAUCAAAAAUCCUGUAUCAGUACUGUAUACCCCUUGAUUUAUUUUAAUAUUAUAUCCUUAUUUUUGUCACAGUUGUCUUCAGUUUUUAUCACAAGCUGAUUUUUAUAUAGCCCACAUCCCAAACUUGGCAAAGACUCUUCAGUUGGUCAAAUAACACUAUUGUCUGCGCAUUUUCACUUUACAUACAGGAAAAGUCUGUUUGCAUGAAUGUUAAGGAAGUACAAAAACCAUGUAAGUCAGCGAGGUUUUGGAGAAUGAAGGAAAAUUAUGACAUAGAGAACCGACUGCAACCAGAACGACUCAUGGGGUGUCACUGCCGAUUCAGCAGGUGGUGACGGCGUGUCCGCCCCGGUGCUGGGGCAGGUGCCGGUGCUCCCCAGACAGCGAUGCCAGCGUGGCCUGGCCUUGAAACCCAGCAAGUGUUGUAAAUGGAGUCAAUGUCACAAAUAAAUGG